ACUCACCACCUACAACAAGUUUGACAGCAGUUUCUUUUCUCUGCGUAGCAAUACGCCGCUGGACUUUACUCCUGUGGACAUAAUUUUUAUUCAGAUUUUUAUCAUUUUACUUGAUGAACGUGUCUCUGUUCUCUUGCUGGCUAUGAGGACUUCUAUGUGACCGUAGGUUUGGUCAUUUUCCCCCCUCUUUUGUUGUUGGCUCAGGGUGGACCUUUUGAAACGUUGGUGUUGUUUUUUCUUCUUGUCCAUCUGGGUUAAAAAAAAGGAAUUUAAAGAUGUCGAGGAGUGCGGAGGAGGUGAACAAGCUCACUGAAAGUACAUACAAGAAUGUGAUGGAACAGUUCAACCCAGGUCUAAGGAACCUGGUCAACCUGGGCAAGAACUACGAGAAAUCUGUAGCUGCAAUGGCCUUGGCAGGAAGAUUGUAUUUUGACGCCAUGGCUAAAAUCGGGGAGAGUGCAGCGGUGUCUCCUGUGUCCAGAGAAUUAGGGAUGGUGCUGAUGGGAAUCUCAGAAGUCCACAGAAAAGUUAUUUUUGAGUUGGAGGACAAUUUUAAAAGAUUCCACAGGGAGAUUAUAGGAGAGCUGGAGAGAAAAACUGACAUGGAUGUCAAAUACAUGACAGCCACAUUUAAGAGAUACCAGAUGGAGCACAAGAUGAAGCAGGACUCUUUGGAGAAAUCCCAUGCAGAACUGAAGAAGCUGAGGAGAAAGAGCCAAGGCAAGAAUGCCAACAAGUAUGAGAACAAAGAGAGCGAGUGCGUGGAGACGCUGACGAACCGCCAAAUGGACAUGCAGCUGUUCAUCGCGGACGGUUGCAAAGAGGCUCUGCUGGAGGAGAAACGACGCUUCUGUUUCCUGGUGGACAAACACUGCAUGUUUUCCUACCAGAUCGCAUCGUUUCAUGACAAGGCCAGAGACACGCUGAUGGCAAGGCUGAACAGCUGGCAGGACCAGUGUAACGACGCCACGGACAUGCCUGAAAACAUCUUGACCAUGAUCGAGGGACUGCGCACACCCAUCUCCAUAACGCCGCUGCCCUCUCCCACCCCCUCGCGACAUAGUUUGAACAUCAUGGCUCCACCCGCGCCAUCUCAGAAGGCUCAUAUCAGCCCUCUAGUGAACAUGUUCACUCCUGAGAACAAAACAACCAGCAUAACCACAACUAGCAACAACAACAUAGACCAUGACAGCAACGGAGAGAACAAUCUGGCCAGGUCAGUGUCUGUGGCCACGGGCCUGAACAACGUAGUGAAGAGGCAGCGUGUGCGCACCAUCUUCCCCCACACGGCCGGCAACAACAACACUCUGCUCAGCUUUGACGAGGGAGACGUCAUCAUCCUGCUCAUACCGGAGGAGAAAGAUGGCUGGAUGUACGGCGAAAUGGAGAAGAAUGGAAAGAGGGGCUGGUUCCCUUCAUCGUACUGCCGUGCUUUCUCUGAGCCCCUCGUGAACAACAACAGUGUGUCAGCGGCCCCGUAUCGCAGCAGGAGCGUGGUCAACCUGCACCACCAGGACACGGAAACAGAUGAGGCGACCAUGAUCCUCCCUCCAGAGGACUACUGCGACAGCCCGCGGCGCGGCGCCGUCAAGACCAACACGCCCUCCACAACAACCACCACAAGCAGCAGCGUCAUCACCACCAAUAAUCACCACUCCCAGCAUUCUCCCACCCCCUCCGCCAUCUCCUCUUCCUCAUCCGAUCACCACACGGCAAACCAGCCUAACGGCAUCUCAAGACCUACGCCUGCCUACCUGGCGGGAGGGAACCCGUUCUCCACAGUACGACUGCGACCCACAGUCACCAACGACCGCUCAGCACCGGUCAUCUGAUCUCCAGUCCUGCCUGCAUCUCUUUGUUGGUGUGACUGGAAGCACACGGCACGCUGUCACAUGGAAGUAUUUACAGGACUGAUGCUCCUAUAUUUUAACCAUCUCUAAAUAUUUCUACAUGUUGUUUGUGCUGGUGAUCACCGAAAAAGGUCACAUUCCAAACGUGUUUGUUGUUUUGGUCACCUUCAGAGCCACUGCCAUUCUCUGUGAUUAAUCUGUGAUUAGAGAAGCACACAGCACAACAUUAGAUACACCUGCGGACUCUAAUAAGAGGCCCAAUAAGGUUCACUUUUCAUUGACACUGGCUUUAAUGUGCAGUGGUACAUAGUGUGUGUUGUUGUACAUACGCACACGAGCGUUUAACAGUUUGUGUAGAUGGAGGAGUUUGCCUUAACGACUGUUAAAGUGAAUGUCGCAUGUGCAGCGACACGAUCAUCAUUGCAACGAGCAUUUUAAGACUUUAGUGUUUGUAUAUCUUUUUAUUUGUAUUUUUGUCUUGGAUGACACACUGUAGAAUUUCAUCAUGUAUGAAAAAUAAAGGUUUAUUUCUUCAAUCCGCUGUUC